ACAAUACAAAGGUUUCCUGGAAUUCCAAAAGCUUGGUCUUCGUUUAGGGUGGAAAUGGCGGCAGUGCGCAGAAUCUGUGCGACCGCUGGUAAGACGAGCGUGAGUGGUUUCUUGGGCACAUCAAAGAUCGCCACGAGCACCGAAUGGCGGCCUCUCACUUGCUGGAUUCACGCGACGCGGACGAGCAGCAGCCAGUUUCGGACAAGUUUCCAGGGAAGCAAGCUCAAGAUCCCAGCCGAGUUGCAGCCCGCCGUGCGAGAAUGGAACCGGCUUGUGAAUCGCUUCUCGCAGCGCUGGAGAUACUCCAGCCUCGGCCGCUUGCCAGGGGGUGGAGGAUACGCUCGACCCGAUGUUGCUUUGUGGACUUUGAUCGGUGCCAACGUUUCGGUGUUCUUCCUGUGGAAGGUUUUCGACCCGGUUUUCAUGACCGAGCAUUUCACGAUCUCCAUGCACAACGUGUUGAGUGGCCGACUCCACACUCUCGUCACAAACUUCUUCAGCCACAACGAGUUCUGGCACUUGGCAUCCAACUUACUCGGCCUAUACUUUUUUGGCACCGAGAUCGCUUAUAGAUUCGGCAGCAAAAGGCUCUACAUGAUCUACUUUGCGGGUGGCCUCGUUAGCUCCUUCGGACACUUGGCUUAUAGCUAUUACAUCUAUCCCUGGCUCAAGGGGCUUCGUCACAGCACCUUUGUGGCCCGAUUUGUCCCACCAGCGCUGGGCGCCAGUGGAGCCAUCAACGCGCUGGUGGUCCUCAACAUCAUGCUCAAUCCAACGCGCGUCAUCUUGGUCGAUUUCCUCUUCCCAGUCCCAGCUGCCCUGUUUGGAGCUUACAUGAUCCUCAAGGAUUUGUGGGGAGUUUCCGAUGUGGCAUCCACCAUAAGCCACGUAGGCCAUCUGGGCGGCGCGGUGGUCGGUGCCGUGGCGUGGGUGAGACUACGACGUCACUGGUAACUUCUAGUGGUAAAAGCACUUUCCACGUUUCUCUUCCACGCGCGCGCUUUUGACCGCGAAUGAUGGUUGACCCCCCGCCGACUGUUGACCGGUCAAGCCACGCGGGAUAUUCCUUUACUGCCCUUUUUCCGUGUAUAUGAGAGAGAGGGCUUUCUUGUGGCCUAA